CAGGAACUGGGACAGGCCUCUUGGGUCAUCAGACAAAGCUGCCUGGGCAGGAUGGCAAAGCGCCAAGCUAGGGGCAAUCUUGCUCCCUGCCGAAUCAGGAAGCUGCUUGACUGGAUUUGUCCAAUUCACUGCCCACAACCCUGCCAAUAAAAGCGAGGCUCAUCCCCACUGCAGAGAACUCUUUCCAUCCCCUGCAACACGGCCAUCUCCUUCUCUUGUGACCUGCCAGCCAUGAAGUUUCUUUUCCUGUUUCUUGUCAUCCUUCUGGCCAUGGAUCCAGUGCUCUCAGCAGAGUGUUGGAUGGAUGGAAAAUGCCGGUUGGUGUGCAAAAACGAUGAAGACAGUGUCAUACGCUGCGCAAAUCGUAAACGGUGCUGUGUCCCUAGUCGUUACUUAACAGUCCAGCCAAUGACAGUUGAAAGAAUGGAACCCUGGACCGUUCCUCACACGCCCAAACCAGUAAAACAAAAGACCAGAUCCAGACCUGGCAGUAGACAUUAUGGAUAGAAAUGGCUUUGUUUCAGGUUCCUUAGCUCCCACAUUCCAUUAAAACUCAC